AUGGGCUUGUUUCUUAAUCUAAGGUCAAGUAUAAAGGAAAAAGCCAUGGACAAUGGACUAGGCUUGCCCAUUUCAAGGAACGGUAGCUCGAAUAAUAUCAAAAAUAAACGCUCACAACAUGACUUUAAGUCAUUAAAGGGCAAAUAUAGGUACCAAUCACGGUCCACGUUAUCUAAAUUACAGCUUUCAGUGAGCUUCAUAUCCAUCAUUAUUAUCACUGUUUUGUCGUUAUAUCUGUUAAUUUCGCGUCUUGCAGGAUUGAACGUCAAUGUAUCCUUACGAGAUGGGAAAUCGUUGCUGAGCCCCUCGGAAUCGUCGGAAAACUACAAGACGAUAGACCUGGAAGACGAAGAAUACUAUAACUACGAUUUCGAAGAUAUUGAUCCUGAAGUGAUAUCAAAAUUUGAUGGUGGUGAGCAGCAUUACCUGAUAUCCCAGUUUGGUUCAGAAGUCUUACCACCCGAAAAUGAAGAAGAGUAUCAAAAGGAACUGAACAUGCUCUUGGAUUCUACCGUUGAGAAGUAUGAUUUAUCGGAUUUUGAAGGCGCUCCAAAUGGAUUAGAAACACGUGAUCAUAUUCUUUUAUGCAUCCCACUAAGAAACGCAGCUGAUGUAUUACCCUUGAUGUUCAAGCAUUUAAUGAACUUAACUUACCCACACGAACUGAUUGACUUGGCGUUUUUGGUCAGCGACUGUUCUGAGGGUGAUACUACAUUGGAUGCGUUAAUAGCGUACUCGAGACAAUUGCAAAAUGGGACGUUAUCUCAGAUUUUCCAAGAUAUUGAUGCAAUCAUUGAUUCGCAAACUAAAGGUACCGAUAAAUUGUAUCUCAAAUAUAUGGACGAAGAUUAUAUUAAUCGCGUUCAUCAGGCAUUCUCACCACCUUUCCAUGAUAAUUAUGACAAGCCGUUUAGAUCAGUCCAGAUUUUUCAAAAGGACUUUGGUCAAGUAAUUGGCCAAGGCUUCAGUGACAGACAUGCUGUCAAAGUUCAAGGUAUAAGAAGAAAAUUAAUGGGAAGGGCAAGAAACUGGUUGACUGCUAAUGCUUUAAAACCAUAUCAUUCAUGGGUUUAUUGGAGAGAUGCCGAUGUAGAGCUUUGCCCCGGGUCAGUCAUUGAAGACUUGAUGAGCAAAAACUAUGAUGUUGUUGUUCCUAACGUUUGGAGACCACUGCCUACAUUUCUGAAUAGUGAGCAAGCAUACGAUUUGAAUUCUUGGAUGGAAUCUCGGGAAGCUUUGGAAUUGGCAAAGACACUUGACGAAGACGACGUCAUUGUGGAGGGUUAUGCAGAAUAUCCAACAUGGAGGGUCCAUUUAGCCUACAUCAGAGAUGCGGAAGGUAAUCCAAAUGAAGUGGUUGAUUUGGACGGUGUUGGAGGCGUGUCUAUCUUGGCAAAGGCGAAAAUAUUCAGAAAUGGUGUACAGUUUCCUGCGUUCACUUUUGAAAAUCACGCUGAGACGGAAGCAUUUGGUAAAAUGGCAAAGAAAAUGGGGUACAGAGUCGGUGGUUUGCCGCAUUAUACUAUUUGGCAUAUAUAUGAACCAAGUGACGAUGAUUUGAAAGAAAUUGCCACGAGGGAAAGGGAGAAGAGAAGAGAAGAGAAUCAGGACGAGUCAUGA